GGUCCCCCAUGUGCUGCAGAGUGCUGCCACCUGCCGGCAGGUGUGAGUAUCCGUUCAGCAGCUUCACUAGCUUCACUCCACACACAUGCUAACCCCUGAGCUGCUGGAACGCUGCUAAACAAUGAACCGUCACAGCAAUGUCCCGUUCAGCGGCUCCGCGGCUCCUCCAGCAGCUGCUCCACCACCCAAACACAAGCCCGGAAGAAUACCCAAAGACUUCAUGGAGGCUAUGAAACGUGUCCCGGUGAAGGCAGCAGACAAUUCAAACAUCAGGCCGCCGCCUAACGAGGCUGCUGAGACGCAACCGACCAAGAAAAGAGCAGGAAAACCUUCUGGCUUCAAAUGGAAGUCUUCAUUCACACCAUUAGGAGGAGAAGAAGAAGAAGAAGAGGACUGCUCUCCAGACAAAAGCACAACCAAUUCAGAAAUGGUUGAGCUUUACGACCCUUAUGAACCUGGCUUUUCAGACUCUGAAUUCGAGUUGGCACAGAGCAAAGCUCAACAUCACUCCUCACUCGAUCAGGACGACAACAUGGAAAGCCAACGUUUGUCUCCAGGUAGAGGCUGCCGUGACAAAGGCCGCUGGGACUCGCCCUACCCUAAGUCAGGGAACCGACUCUUUGACAGACCUGAGUUCAUACCCGAUGACAAUGAAGGUCUCGGUUCUCACUCACUGCCUGAGCAAGAAGCUUAUAGCCCGCACAGUGAACCAUUUGACCAACAGGAGUAUGACUCCAUAAGCAGUCCCCUGGACCACAGGGUGUGCAGCCCUGAGAGGAUCAUUGUCAGAUCCUCCAGCCAAGAGUUCCCUGCAUCUUAUGGAGGACAGGAGAGCAAUGGGGAGGAGAGGAUGAGAAUGCCAGAACACAGGAGAGAGAUGACCACUACUGUCAGAUUAUCCCCGCCCAAGUUACGGCAAAAUUCUAAACAUCAUUCGGGGCAUAUGGAAAAAGAUCUGGACCCAAUCAUGCCUGUCAAAGAAAGGACAAGAAACAGGACCAAAAUGGUUAUAAUGGACAAGGAACCCAUCACCUGUGACCUUUGUGAUGUGGAGCUCGCCAAUGGGCAGGAGCUGGAGGAUCACUUGGACAGCAGAGGCCACUGGGGGACACUGGAGUACAUUCAACAGAAUAAUAAUUACGAUGAUCUGGAGAUAGCUUUCCUGCAGGACGUCAUGCUGUACAAAAGCCGCCAGUGUAGCCGAGCCAUAGAGCAAAGCGUUGUUUUUGCUCUGCAGGAAAACGACCACAUGGCAAAGGUGGAAAUGUUCCACUGUGCAGCCUGCGACGUCUUUGUAUCCACAUCUGCGUCCUCGGUGCAGACCCACAUUACCUCUCUGGACCACCUCUCCAACAUAAAGGAGUUUGAAGUGCACCAGAGACGUAGCUGCCUCGACAAAGCAGGAACUAUAAUGAAUGCGCUGAAACCUCAGUUUGCACACUUCGUAAAGGGUGACAGCACGUUUUAAUGACCGAGUCUUCAAAAAUCCUGGAAACAGAGAUGCCGUUCACUUCAGAUGAGGAGAAAUGGACCUGAAACAGCAGCUCACUUUGAACCACAACCACAUAAAUGCUGCAUCAAUUCUCCCCUCAGCUUUUUGCUCAGAGAACUCACUCUUCAUGUACUCGAUGGAUAUUUUUUCACACGUUCUUUCACAUUUUGUACAUGUUAAAUACAAAACUCCAAUCAUCACCAUGUGGUCACUUAAAGAAGAUGAAGCAUGUGAUUUUUUUUCACAUUCACACAACAGUUUAUCGUUUCUGUGCAAAAAAAAAGAAGGUAGACAGUCAACUUGUUUCUUUGCAUUUUUUUUAUUUAGAACACAAAUGUUUUUAAGCUUUGUAUCUGUGUGAUAUAGUACAUUUAAAAUUAAAUUAUUUCAAAACAGUAUAUUUAAACAUUAAAUAUAGGUGACAUGUAUGAAGGGCAUUGCCAGCACAGGCUGUGCAUGAUAGGUCUUUUUCUUCACCACCUUGACUUUUAAUUUCAUCUUUGUAUUAGAAACAAUGCAGUUACUGAAAUUCUAUAAAACACUUUCUAUGCAUAA